UAAAAAGCAAAAAAUAGACAUAUGUAUUCUGAGUGAAAUAUUUAAUAUAGACGAAAGUCAAAAUUCUUCAUCUAUACAAAACUAUAAUAUAAUCUCCAAAAAAAGAAGUGACAACUAUGGUGGAGUUGCCCUACUAUUCAAAAAAAAAUAUACAGUUCAAAAAGAUCCCUUUCGAAACACCUUUGGAUAUUCUCAUCUGCCAAACCACAAAUUUAACAAACAAUUUAACUCUGGUAUCCAUAUAUUUCCCACACUCAGUGAGAUGUGCAACAAUAAAAAAAGAACUAGCUAAAUUAAUAUUACUGCUUGAUAACCAAAUCAACACUUUUAUAUGUGGCGACUUCAAUGCUAGACAUACAGCUUACGGUGAUUCUUUUAUCUCACAGCGGGGAAAAACAAUAAAAGAGAUCUUUGAUGCCUCCAAUUUUCAAUGCCUAAACAAUGGUAACUAUACUUUUAAAAAAAAUAUAAAUGAUCUGGGUGGAUCUGUUUUAGACCUAUCCUUCACCAACACAAUCUUGCCAAUACAAUGGAACACUUUUAGAAACAUGAUCGGUGGAAGCCAUCACUACCCUGUAAUUUUGAAUAUAAACAAAACAAAGUCCAAAGGACAAAUUUUUUUGGCAAAAAAACAAUUAAUGAGAAAUCUUGGUCAGAUACAACUAAACAAAAACUUUGAAGAUAUACAAUCUGCGAUAAAAGGCGAAAUCAGAAAAUCUACAUAUGUUUUAAAAGGAAAUAAAACACCAAAAGCUUGGUGGGAUUCUUAUGUGGAAAAACAAUAUAGACUUCAACUAGCUGCUCAAAAAACAUAUGACUUAUGUAGCAAUGAUGUCAACGCAAAAAAUCUAAUUGAAAAGAUAAAAAACUUCAAAAAUGCAGUACAAUUUGCCAAAAAACACACCUUCAAAAAAAAAAGAUACAAAAUCUAAAUAAAGAACCCAGCUCAAAACAUCUUUUUCAAUUUGUUCGAGGGUGCAAAAACAGUUUAUCAUCAAAUGUUAAAGGCAAAUGGUCUCCAAACAACAAUAAACUAUUUCUAUCUCAUCUAAAAGACCAAGUAACGGACAACAAUCCAUUAAAUUAUGUCUGUAAAUCUGUUAAUAAUCGAUCCGUUUUCACAAUGGAAGAAUUUUUACUGGUGUUAAAAAAUAAGAAGAAACCCUCUGCUGCUGGCCCAGACGGCAUAACUUAUGAAAUGAUAAAUCAUCUAUCUGACUCUGCAAAGACCAACUUUUUUGAAGCAUUAAACUAUUCUUGGAAGAAAUGUGAAAUCAGAGAUGAAUGGAGGAAAAUAAAAAUUGUCCCAAUACCGAAAAAGGGCAAAGAUCUAGAAUUGUUCACAAAUUUUAGACCCAUUGCUCUAAUAUCUGUCCCGUUUAAAAUAAUAAACUUAAUGGUAAAAGAGCGUUUGCAACAAUUCAUUGAUGAAGAAAAUAUUUUGCCAACAAAUACUUUUGCAUAUAGAAAACAUCUGUCAACUUCAAUGUGUAUUAACAAUUUACUGUACACCAUAAACUACUACAAAAGCAAAGGUGAGAAAGUUAUAAUUCUAUCUCUAGACGUUGAAAAAGCAUAUGAUUGUGUCAGAAUAGAAAUGCUUCUCAAAAUACUAUGUGAAAUUAACUGUCCGACAGAUAUCGCUGAUUGGAUCAUAAAUUUUCUAAGCAAAAGAACCAUCGUAAUGGGAAAUGAAUCAAUUGAAAUCUACAACGGGCUACCACAAGGCAGUUGUCUAAGUCCCCUUCCUUUUAAUAUAUAUACCCUUGGUCUACAUGGGAUAUCUGAUGAAAACACGCAUUUGUUUCAAUUUGCAGAUGAUUUUGUAUUACUAUCAGCUCAUAAGCAUUUCGAAUUGGCUAAUCAAAAUUUGCAACAAAAAGCCAUCGAACUUCAAUUUCUAUUAUCCCGCCUGAACCUCACCUACAACACUAAUAAAACGUCCGUUAUGUAUAUAGCUAAAGGUCCGCGAAAAAUACCAUCCAUCGCCUUACAAGGUACCCAAAUUACACCUGUCAGCAGCAUAAAGUUUUUAGGAAGACACAUUAAAAACAGCUUAUCCCUGAAAGAGCAUUAUGAGGAAGUUAUUCACUCAUGCAAUUCUUCAUUGAAUGCAAUAAAAAUGAUCAACAAUUUAAAACAUGGUUUACUUCCAAAUAUAUCAAUAAAUCUAGCCAAAUCACUAGUCUUCUCGAAAACAGAGUAUUGUAUUUCUUCAAUGGCUCAUAUGCCAACGUAUUUGAACAAAAAGCUUACAACUUUUCAAAAUCAGAUGUUAAGAAGAAGUCUUGGUCUAACACCGUCAACACCUGUGCAGGCAAUCUACGCACUAGCUGUGAUGUUACCACCAGAACAACGAUCUCAGUAUCUUACCGCAAAGGAAUUAAUAAAAUUUAAGUGUCACAACCGACAGUUAUACCAAAAUAUUACAAACAACCCUACCAACAAGACCAGUUUGGGUUUAAUCUACAUGAAAUUUAAACACAUUUUCGACGAAACUAUAGUGAAUCAGAGAGAAUAUCCCAGCAGUAAAUUCACUUUCUUCUUAAACUUAUUUAACUCUACAAAAAAUACACAACCCAAUGAAUUUUAUAGAGUAAUAUUGCAAGAAAAAACUGAACGACUUCAAAACACAGGACACACGAUAUGGGCAACCGAUGCCUCGAUUUCCAGUACUACGACUGGUUGUGCAAUAUGCAAUAUCUCAAAAAAUCAAAACUUCUUAUUCAAAAUACCGGCAAAAAUGUCAUCACUUAUGGGAGAAUUACACGCCAUCAAUAAGGCAAUAGACAUAAUGAUAGAAGACAACAUCAGAAAAGCCACCAUUCUUACCGAUAGUAAAAAUGCAUGUCUAAUUUUAAAACAAAAUGAUACCCAAAACUACCUGGCCAACAAUAUUCUACAAAAGGUAAACAACUCAAGUCUAACACAACUCACCAUCAUCUGGAUUCCCUCGCAUAUAGGCAUUGCUGCUAAUGAACGUGCAGACUUUUUCGCCAAACAUGCAGCUGAAGUCGGUUCAAUCAUACAAACAGGCCUGUCGAUAAAAGAUGCUCGCUCCCUAAUCCACCAACAUCUAUGGAGUGAAUGGAAGGAGAAUUAUAAACAUAUUUCAAUCAGUAAAGGCACUUACUUCUCACAAUUCUUCCCAGAGCCACCAAACCGCCAUUGGUUUUCAGGAUUCAACAUGUCACCUGGAGAAAUUAAGGUUAUAAACAGACUUCUCACUGGUCAUACAUAUGGAAAAACUUACCUGUCCCUCAUCAAUGCUGAAAACUCCAACCUAUGCGAAAUAUGCAACACGCCAAACACGGAAAACCACCAGAUUUUUAUCUGCCCUAAAUACAAUAAUGACAGAAUGAAUUACAAUUUCUUUACAAAAUUUUCAAACUUACCUGCAGUACUCAAAAGUUUUGCCUGUGAAAACUUUCGUGAAUUGUGCGACUUCAUUCAUAAAAACCACAUACAGCUAUAACCCGGAAUCACAUCACUCAUAUCACAACACUACAAGAACAAAAAGAAAUGGAAAACAACAAGGAACUCAAAAUAAUUAUCGAUAACUAACAAUCGACUACACAGCAAUGGUACAUGCAUACUACAGGUAUCGUACCAACCUCGUCGUGACGGCGUAAUCAAUAACCGAUUCCAAAAAAAAAAAAAAAAAAACACAAACAAACAUAAAAUAAUAAUUCAAGUGAAUUCAACAACGUUUAACAAAAAUAAUUAGGUAAAUAUGAAAUGAGAUCUUGUUUAUUUAAAAUGCUUUUAGUCAGAUCUUUUAAAAUAAUGCUUUAAAAACAAUAUGCAUUUUUAUAUAUAUUUUGUCAUAGGCCCAGUUGUGACUUUAGCAGAUGGUGCUUCAUCUAUAAUAGUAUUAUGCACUUGACGCAAAUGACAAAUAAGCGUAGAAGUGGAGGCACAUACAAUUUUGUAAUCUUUGGAACAUUUGUUGCAUUUUGUAUUGUUUCCAUCUUUUAGAAAAAGUUGCCCAAACAAACUCAUUCUUAAAGAAAAAACUAUUUUUAUUUGUAUCAUUUUUUGUAUGUCAUAUUAAAAACUUUGACAAAGUGGUUUGCUUAACAAAUGUUUAAAUUAAAUUUAUAUUUAUUUCAUAUAGAAAUUCUCACUUUUCUUCAAGUGAAUGUGCGUCAUGAAAUUUAACCAUAAAUUUAUAUGUAAACAAAACACAAACACUUGAUCAAAAAAUCAGAAAUCAAAAAUGUAUUAAAAAUAUUUUAGAUCGAUUAAUCGGUUAAAAUUAAUCGAUUAUUCAAUAUUCGAAAUUUAGUAAUUUUUCUUCAUCGAAAAAAUAUUCGAAAAAAAAUUUUCCGAUUAAUUGAACAACGAUUAAUCGAUUGGACAUUCUAGUAAAGACACUAUAGUUUUUAUCAUAUAUAGUACCAUAAAAUUUUACAGAAAUCUUUGCAUUACAUCCAGAAUAUUUGCUACAGAAUAUGGGUCAUAUUGGUCCACUUUGAGGAAUAGACAGGAAGGAGCGUUUCGAUGCAAUAUUGACAAUAUUCUCCAGAUUAACAAAUAAGCCCCAAUAGUACAAAAAGCCCAAAGGAUCCUGACGCCAUGACCCAUGUUGGUACCAUUUCGUGUAUUGGGUUAAGGUCUACGGAUAGGCUUUGAUUCAUGAUGCUGGUUAGGAACGAAGGGAGUACUUGUACGCCAGAACUUGUCAUACUCCGAUACCUCUUAUUAUUGAUUGUCAAGGAUUCAUUUUCCAUUUGUAGAAUGAAGGAGACUUCAAGCUGCUGUUAAAGUUAUCCAGGAAUAGCGUCUUUAAGUAGUUCGACACUUGAAUCUGCACUUGUUACUGGGCGGCAAGCUGUUUACCAACCUUCAGGAGUCGUCGCAGGCAAUAUUUUUCUGGCAACUGAUUAAUCAUUUCCUUUUUACAUACCAUAGCGUUGGUUAGAGAAUACAUUUGUCCUUACCACCAUAAAUUUUGGGUUUAUUCAUCAGUAUCGUCUUAUAAUCCAGGUCCAAUUUUUGAAAGUUUUCUAAAACUGGUAGUAUAAUCAGGUAGUUGAAUCUAGACUCUUCAACCUACGGCAACCACAAUACAUAGAGCAAUCGUGUGUCAAUCGUGAAUAUAGAAUCUUCUAAUAAGCCUUACGUGAUUCAGUGUUGCUAAAUAUUUUUUUUUGGAAAAAUUAAUCGCGAAAUAAGGCAAAAAAGCGCCAAAUGUCUAAUUUAAACGCGAAAAAGCAGCAGUGGCUCUGUCUCAACUGACAUUUCAGUUGUAAACAAACAAAUU